AAAAGUCCAUGAGAAGCUAGCGUACCGCCUCCGUCUGUUCCGCCGGGCGUCUGUCUGGACCGGGGGAGUGUACACGCGCGACCACCGAACACCAAUCUCGCGCCCCUUGACCUCUAGGUAGCGAUCGAAAUCGCGCUGUACAAUUUCGAUCCUUGUCUUCCCUGCGCGCACUUGGUGAGUAGUACUAGUGCAGCAGGAGGAUAAGGGUGGGUUGUGGAGAGCGAUGGGGUCUCUGGGGAAGGACGCGGCGGCUGCGGCGGGGGAGCGGGUGGUGCUGGCGGUGAACGGCGCGCGGCACGAGGCGGCCGGAGUGGACCCGUCGACGACGCUGCUGGAGUUCCUCCGCACGCGCACGCCCGUCAGGGGGCCCAAGCUCGGCUGCGGCGAAGGUGGAUGCGGCGCAUGCGUGGUGCUCAUCUCCAAGUACGACCCGGCCACCGACGAGGUGACCGAGUUCUCGGCGAGCUCCUGCCUGACGCUCGUCGGCAGCCUUAACCACUGCUCGGUCACCACCAGCGAGGGCAUUGGCAACACCCGCGAUGGCUACCACCCCGUCCAGCAGCGCCUCGCUGGCUUCCAUGCCUCCCAGUGCGGCUUCUGCACCCCCGGCAUGUGCAUGUCCAUCUUCUCCUCGCUCGUCAAAGCCGACAAGCCCGGCACCACCACCGCCGGUGAUCACGCCCCGCCGCCGGGGUUCUCCAAGCUUACCUGCUCUAAGGCCGAGCACGCCGUUUCCGGCAAUCUGUGCCGCUGCACCGGCUACCGGCCUAUCCUCGACGCCUGCAAGAGCUUCGCCGCCGACGUCGACCUCGAGGACCUCGGCCUCAACUCGUUCUGGAAGAAAGGCACCGACAGCGCCGACAUCAGCAAGCUGCCGGAAUACUCCAGCGGCUCUGUCUGCACCUUCCCUGAGUUCCUCAAGUCCGAGAUCAAGGGCCAAAUGAACGAAAACUCAGUCCCAGCGGCGAUCGCCGGCGAAGACGGCUGGUACCAUCCCAGGAGCAUCCAGGAGCUCCAUAGCCUCUUCGAUUCCAGCUGGUUCGACGAAAAUUCAGUCAAGAUCGUGGCGUCAAACACCGGCGCCGGAGUGUACAAGGAUCAAGACCUGUACGAUAAGUACAUCGACAUCAAAGGCAUCGCAGAGCUUUCUGUCAUCGACAGGAACAGCAAGGGGUUGGAGAUCGGGGCAGCCGUGUCCAUCUCCAAAGCCAUCGAGGUCUUCUCCGAUGGCACUCCGGUAUUCAGAAAGAUCGCCAGUCACCUGAGCAAGGUGGCCUCGCCGUUCGUCCGAAACACAGCGACCGUCGGCGGGAACGUGAUCAUGGCACAACGACUGCAGUUCCCGUCGGACAUAGCCACCGUUCUUCUCGCCGCCGGCUCCACCGUCACCAUCCAGACGGCUUCCAAGAUGCUGUGCCUGACGCUCGAUGAGUUCUUGGAGCAGCCUCCCUGUGAUGCCAAGACCAUACUGCUCAGCAUAUUUGUCCCGGAUUGGGGUUCAGACAAUGUCAUCUUCGAGACCUCUCGUGUAGCUCCCAGACCAUUUGGCAAUGCCGUCUCCUAUGUCAAUUCUGCAUUCCUGGCAAGGACUUCAGGCGAUGGAGCAUCAGGGAAGCUCAUAAUUGAGGAUAUCUGCCUUGCAUUCGGCGCAUACGGUGUCGAUCAUACCACCCAGGCUCGGAAGGUUGAAGAGUUCUUGAAGGGGAAAUCCGUGAGUGCGCCUGUGAUACUUGAAGCUGUUCGAUUGCUGAAGGAUAUUAUCAUGCCGUCAGAAGGCACCACACAUCCUGAAUACAGAGUCAGCUUGGCUGUCAGUUUCUUGUUCAGUUUCCUUUCUUCACUUGGAAACAACCUGACUGAACCAGCAAAGGCUAUUGCUCCCAAUGGGUCAUGUGCAAAUGGAAGCAUGAAUGGUCAGGUUGCGAGCGAAGACUUGCAGAUUCGCUCAAGGCAAGAACUGGUUUUCAAUGACGAAUACAAACCUGUCGGCAAGCCGAUCACGAAAUCCGGGGCCGAGCUGCAAGCUUCUGGGGAGGCUGUGUAUGUUGAUGACAUCCCUGCUCCCCAGGAUUGCCUCUAUGGAGCUUUUAUCUACAGCACACACCCUCAUGCCCAUAUCAAAGGUGUCAACUUCAGGCCAUCUUUGGCUUCAGAAAAGGUCAUCGGGGUUAUCACCGCAAAGGAUAUUCCAGCCGGUGGCAAAAAUGUUGGAGCUGGCAUCAAUAUGCUAGGAACCGAAGCUCUUUUCGGCGAUCCGGUUUCUGAAUUUGCUGGUCAAAAUAUUGGCAUUGUGAUCGCUGAAACACAGAAGUACGCCUAUAUGGCGGCGAAGCAAGCGGUCAUCGAGUAUAGCACCGAGAAUCUUCAGCCGCCGAUUCUGACAAUAGAAGAUGCCAUCCGGCAUAACAGCUACUUCCAAACUUCCCCAUAUUUUGCUCCUCGGCCAGUUGGGGACUUCGAGCAAGGGAUGUCUCAAGCUGAUCACAAGAUCCUAUCAGGAGAGGUGAAACUUGAAUCACAGUACUACUUCUACAUGGAGACUCAGACCGCAUUGGCCAUCCCCGACGAGGAUAACUGCAUCAUCGUCUACUCCUCUACGCAGCUACCCGAGAUCAUUCAGAAUGUCGUCGCGGACUGCCUCGGCAUUCCCUACCACAAUGUUCGCGUCAUCACAAGGAGAGUCGGAGGCGGCUUUGGUGGAAAGGGAAUGAAAUCAACCCAUGUAGCAUGUGCGUGUGCAGUUGCAGCGUUCAAGCUGCGGCGUCCUGUUCGGAUGUACCUCGACCGGAAGACGGACAUGAUCAUGGCCGGAGGGCGGCACCCGAUGAAGGCGAAGUACUCCGUCGGGUUCAAGUCGGACGGCACGCUCACGGCUCUGCACGUCGAUCUUGGGAUCAACGCCGGGAUAUCGCCGGACUUGAGCCCGAUGAUCCCGGCUGCCACCAUCGCUUCUCUGAAGAAGUACAACUGGGGCGCCCUCGCCUUCGACAUCAAGUUGUGCAAGACGAACGUAUCGUCCAAGUCGGCCGUGCGGGCGCCCGGCGACGUGCAGGGCUCCUUCAUCGCCGAGGCCAUCAUCGAGCACGUCGCGUCCGCGCUCGGGGCCGACACCAACGCCGUCCGGAGAAAGAACCUCCACAGCGUCGAGAGCCUCACGAAGUUCUACGGCGACGCCGCGGGGGACGCCCCGACAUACAGCCUCAUCGACAUCUUCGACAAGCUGGCCUCGUCGCCGGAGUACCAGAGCAGGGCGAAGGCAGUUGAGCGGUUCAAUGGCGGGAGCAGGUGGAAGAAGCGCGGCAUUUCGUGCGUGCCGAUCACCUACGAGGUGGCCCUCCGGCCGACGCCGGGCAACGUGUCCAUCCUGAACGACGGCUCGAUCGCUGUGGAGGUCGGCGGCGUGGAGCUCGGGCAAGGGCUGUAUACCAAGGUGAAGCAGAUGACGGCGUUCGGGCUGCGGGAGCUCUGUCCCGACGCCGACGGGCUGCUCGACAAGGUGCGCGUCAUUCAGGCCGACACGCUGAGCUUGAUCCAGGGCAGCUUCACCGGUGGGAGCACCACGUCCGAGAGCAGCUGCGAGGCGGUCCGUCAGUCGUGCGCCGUGCUCGUGGAGCGGCUCCAGCCCAUCAAAGAGGGCCUCGAGGCAAAGUCAGGCGCUGCGGCGCCAUGGAGCGCCUUGAUUGCCCAGGCGAAGAUGGCGAGCGUGAACCUGUCGGCCCACGCCUACUGGAAGCCCGACCCAGCCUUCGUAAAAUACAUCAACUACGGAGCCGCCGUCAGCGAGGUGGAAAUCGACGUGCUGACCGGAGCGACGACGAUCAUGAGGAGCGAUCUGGUGUACGACUGCGGGCAGAGCCUGAACCCGGCGGUCGACCUCGGCCAGGUGGAGGGCGCAUUCGUGCAAGGGGUGGGGUUCUUCACGAACGAGGACUACGCGACGAACGCCGAUGGGCUGGUGGUGCACGAUGGCACCUGGACAUAUAAGAUCCCGACGGUGGAUACCAUCCCCAAGCAGUUCAACGUGGAGCUCAUAAGCAGCGCGCGCGAAAACAAGCGGGUGCUCUCCUCCAAGGCGUCCGGCGAGCCGCCGCUGCUCCUGGCAGCGUCGGUGCACUGUGCCAUGCGGGAGGCCAUCAGGGCGGCCAGAACGGACUUCUCGGUCAACUCACCGCUGACGUUCCAGAUGGACGUGCCGGCCACCAUGGCCGACGUCAAGGAGCUCUGCGGCCUUGACGUCGUGGAGAGGCACCUCCAGAGCCUCUCCUCAGCCGCCGAGGUCCCGACUCCCGUGGCAUGACGCUGAGUACGUUGUGUGUAAAAAGUUGGCAUGUAAUUUGGCGUGUGUUAUGCAAAACAGUUUUGCUAAGUUUCAGUCGAUUAAGAUUUCGUUAUGUCUCAGAUCAUAUAUUCCUUUGAUCUUGCAUAAAGAUCCGUAUAUUUUUUUC